CGGUCGGCAUGGCUGUGAAUGUGAUCGCUAGCGAGCCAUGAAAAUUUUCAGCUACCAGUCUACCGUUCCUUUUAGCAAUGCAAGCUGCUAGUUAGCUCUUCACGUUCCCACCAAAUUCAACCAAAACACAAUUUUUCUUGUAUAAAUGUAUCAUAUAUAACUAAUACAGAUCUUUGCACAACUCAAAUUUACAACAGUUGGCCUUGUUUCACCAUUUGAAAUUAUAUACAAAUUAAUCAUGGGAUCAGAACUAAAAACCGUUUGCGUCACGGGCGCUUCUGGUUUCAUCGGAUCAUGGCUAACCAUGAGGCUUCUUGAGCGUGGCUAUACUGUUCAAGCCACCGUGCGUGACCCUAGUAAUAUAAAAAAAAUACAGCAUUUGUUAGAAUUGCCAAAUGCUAAGACUCAUAUGAGCUUAUGGAAAGCUGAUCUUUCUGAAGAAGGAAGUUUUGACGAAGCAAUUGAAGGGUGCAAUGGUGUUUUUCAUGUUGCUACUCCCAUGGAUUUUGAGUCUAAUGAUCCUGAGAAUGAAGUUAUAAAACCGACGGUGAAUGGUGUAAUAGACAUAAUGAAGGCAUGCGUUAAGGCAAAAACUGUAAGAAGAAUAGUAUUUACAUCUUCUGCAGGAACUGUUGAUGUUGUGGAACAUCAAAAACAAAUAUAUGAUGAGAAGUGCUGGAGUGAUCUUGAUUUCAUUUUCACCAAAAAAAUGACCGGAUGGAUGUAUUUUGUGUCCAAGACUGUGGCAGAGAAGGGUGCAUGGAAAUUUGCAGAAGAAGAGAAAAUUGAUUUUAUUAGUAUAAUUCCAACUCUAGUAGUUGGUCCAUUUCUAGGCGCAUCAUUUCCUCCUAGUCUUAUCACUGCACUUUCACCAAUCACCGGCAAUGAAGCUCAUUACUCAAUCAUAAAGCAAGGCCAUUACGUGCACUUGGAUGAUCUCUGCAUGGCUCACAUAUUUCUGUUUGAGCAUCCAACAGCCGAAGGCCGUUAUGUCUGCUCUUCGCAUGACGCCACCAUCCACGAGGUUGCAGAUUUGUUUCGGAGAAAAUAUCCUCAGCUUCAUAUCCCCACAAUGCUUAUUGAUGCGGAGGAGGAUAUAAUGAAAUCGAGUUUCUCAUCGAAAAAGCUGACGGACAUGGGGUUUGAGUUCAAGUACAGUUUGGAAGAUAUGAUGGUUGGGGCUAUGGAAUCAUGCACAGAUAAAGGGUUGCUUUCUGUUUGUAAUGGAAUUAAAGAAGCUGACGAUUUGAGUGAUUGAGUAGAUCAGCUAAUAAUUUUAUGCACCAAGUAUUUGAGUAAUUGAAUUAGAGCCUUUAGUUUUAAUGUUGGUGAUUGCUUCGACGUGAUUAGUUCAGUCUACAAAUGGCAUGUUGA